UACAGGACUGCAGAAGACAGUUCAACUGCGAAAGGGAUGCGAGACUAACUUUUAAGUAAACUUUGUCUGAAAGAUAUUUAUCGUUAGUUUUUUUUCGCAUAACCAAGAUGUUCAUAUGUGUCCGAAUGAGGCUUCUGUUCCUGUUUCUUCACACACUGGCUCCUGCUGUUGUAGCCAGAAGAGAGAGGAGAAAUGUCCUUUUCAUCAUGGCCGAUGAUUUGCGGACAUCUUUAGGCUGUUACGGGGACUCUGUGGUAAAAUCACCGAACAUUGACCAGCUGGCAUCCAAAAGCCAAAUUUUUCUCAAUGCAUAUGCACAGCAAGCCGUGUGUGCUCCCAGUCGAACCUCCAUGUUAACCAGUCGGAGACCAGACACGACCAGGCUCUAUGACUUCAAUUCUUAUUGGAGAGUCCAUUCUGGAAACUACACAACCAUGCCACAAUACUUUAAAUCUAAAGGGUACUUCACCAUGUCUGUGGGAAAGGUGUUUCAUCCCGGUAUCGCUUCUAACCACAGUGAUGACUACCCGUACAGCUGGUCCAUCCCUGCCUACCACCCAGCUUCGUUUAGAUAUGAGAAAGAAAAGAUGUGUAAAGGAGAGGAUGGUCAGCUCCACGCCAACCUACUGUGUGCAGUAAACGUGACACAGCAGCCUGGGGGAACCCUCCCCGACCUGGAGAGCACAGGCGAGGCAGUGAGGUUACUGAAGAGUCGGGCCAACGAUAAUGUUCCUUUCUUCUUGGCUGUGGGCUUUCACAAACCACACAUACCCUUCAGGAUACCACAGGAGUACCUGAGUCUGUAUCCCAUAGAGCAAAUGACUCUGGCCCCUGACCCCAAUGUCCCUACACUCCUUCCUCCUGUGGCCUACAACCCCUGGACAGACGUGAGGAGGAGAGACGACGUCCAAAAACUCAACAUUAGCUUUCCCUAUGGACCAAUUCCUAAAGACUUUCAGCUGUGUAUCCGUCAGCACUAUUAUGCUGCUGUGUCUUACAUGGACGCUCAAGUUGGACGGCUGCUCAGUACUCUUGAUGAGCUGGGGCUGGCAGACAGCACUAUGGUGGUGAUGUCUUCAGAUCAUGGUUGGUCAUUAGGAGAGCACGGCGAAUGGGCUAAAUAUUCCAAUUUUGAUGUGUCAACACGCGUACCUCUUAUCUUCUACGUUCCUGGAGUCACCACACGUCGUAAUCGGCUGGGAGAGUCUACCUUUCCCUUUAUUGAUGCCCUCAUCCAAUCGGAGCACAGCUUUAAGGAUAACAAAGUUAUAAGAAACAUGGUGGAGCUGGUGGAUGUUUUUCCUACUGUCUCCUACCUGGCUGGCCUCCGAGCACCUAAACCUUGUCCUGACAUGUCUUUCCAGACGCAAUUGUGUACAGAAGGAGACAACCUGGCCUACACCUUCCGACACAGAGAGAGAGGAGAGGACGAGGAAGACAUAUCUUUUAGCCAGUACCCUCGACCUGCUGAGACACCACAGGUGAACUCUGACCUCCCUGACCUCAAAGACAUAAAGAUCAUGGGCUACUCUCUGCGCUCCUGGGACUACAGAUACACUCUUUGGCUGGGAUUCAACCCUCAAACAUUUCAGGUGAAUGUCUCAGAUGUCCACGCUGGAGAGCUGUACAUGUUAGCAGGCGACCCCGGUCAGGAUAAGAACAUCUACAGCGACUCGCAGCACAGUGUGAUGAUGACAAAGAUGGCCAGCCUGCCUCAUACUGCGAGUGUGCAGAUGAGAAUGAGGCUGCAGCUCCUCUACCUCUCAGCGGGGAUGAAAACGGGUAGAAGGAAGGCGUGAUGACGAGAAUAAAACACAACAGAUGGACGGAUGGAGACGAGCACAAAGGGAUGAUGGAUAGAUGAGAAACUUUGUCUAGAAAGGGAGAAUGCCUCGAAUGUUUCUUUUCAAUAUAAUGCAGACUUUA